ACUAAACGUUCAACAAAACUAUUUAUAUUCACUUAAUAUGGCUAAGAAACCUGAUACUAAACCAAAAGGGUUCAUAAAAAAGACUAAUUCAAAUAAAUCUUCGAAAAAUGGUGUUCUGAAACAACUUUCUAAACAUAAAUUAAAGGCACAAUCAAAGGCUACCAAGAGUAAAAUUGAAAAAUUGAAUAAUAAUCUCGCUGAAAUAGAUGAGGUAAGGUUAUCACUCUCUUCUAUAGCCCCGGCAUCUCGUCCGGUGAAGGCAUUGGAUGCUUCUGGGUUGAAGGAAGAUCUCAAAAAGGAUAUCGAGGUCCAAGAAAAGAAUAAAAAGGCUGAUAACGACCUUCAACUGCAAUUAGAGAUGCUUACUGGAAUUGGAUUAUAAUAAAAUGAAUGAUAAAAGCAGAACAAAAUGAAAGCUUUUGAAAGAAACAAAAUCAAAUUAAAAUAGAAAGGGAUAUUCUUAUCUCAAAUGGGACGAUCUACACAAUAAACCUAGGGGUUUUAUACUGAACUAAUUUUCUAUAUUAGUUCAGCAUCUAUAGUUUGUGUAUGUACAGGUGAUAAUUCAAUAAUGAUAGAUGAGCUUACUGUAUUUGAAUCUUGUACACAGGAAAUCUUUUUUUU